UCGUCGAGUAUUUUCAAUAUGCAGACAUACAGCGGUUAUAAACGAAUAUUUGAUCUCAGCAAGCCGUGGCCGUGGCCCAAAACUCAAGAAUGAGAAUCGUGCGUAAUCUCUCCUUUGAAAGUUAACGGGACGCACCUUUCGGGCGUCUGAAUAUUUGAGAUGAUGCCCGCGCAAGAUUUACCCGGCUCGCAAACUCCUGGCCAGAGAGUCUUCUGGAAGGAAGAACGUGAAGACGAAGCCAUUUAUUCGGUGUCAUUGAAGAAAGUGAGAUACCACUCAAGCGAUAAGCUUCUUCCUAUUCCAGACGAAGACGAACAACCAAUCUCUCAUCUUCAGUGGGAGACAAUGAAGAUCAGAACCAUUAAAGUCGGUUCUUUAACGAAGCUUGUGGAACACUUAGCGCCACCAAUUGCUUCAUUUGACGAGGUUGAUCCUGGUUAUAUUAUGGCGUUCAUGACUACGUAUAGAACUUUUUCAAAAAUGACGGAAGUUGUGGAUCUCCUUUUCGAGCGUUACCAAAUAUUCAUGGAAAAUGCUUCUCAGGAAAAGGAAGAGGUUGCUGAUAAAGUGUUGAGGGGCAUUGCGUCAGUGUUUCAUGUAUGGCUAGAGCAUUUUCCAUCUGAUUUUGAUGAGCCCGGUUACACAACUCUACUUAAGAUACAGAACUUUGUUGUGUCAGAGAUGAAGGCUAGUCAUGGAGAAGAGUUAGCCAAGAAGAUACAACAACGUCUUGAUAAAUUCAGGAUCACUCCAUUUGAAGAUGAAGAUAUUGACAUAAUUACGUGUCCUCUCCCUGUAUCACCAAAGUUUGGUUUUCAAGAUGACAUGUGCUCGAUACCAGAAGAGAAUGAGUCCUGUUUGGACUUCCUGACCCUACCACCUAAUGAGUGCGCCGAGCAGCUAACAAUGAUGGAUGCGAAACUGUUCAAGAAGGUAAUUGCUUGGCAUUGUCUGGGAUGUGUUUGGGGUAAGAACAAGAAGGAAGGAAGAGCAGCUACAGUGAAGGCCACAGUUGACCAGUUCAAUGCUGUGUCUCUUCGUGUCAUCUCCACCAUCUUAACAUGCACUGAAAGCAAAACAAGUGGGCCAAACAUGAGGGGGAAGUACAUCACACGGUGGAUAAAUGUAGCGCAGGAAUGUAGAGAUCUGAACAAUUUCUCAUCGCUCAAAGCUAUCUUGUCUGGUCUGCAGUCAGCUUCAAUUCACAGACUCAAAAAAUCUUGGUCUCAUGUUUCUAGAGAUGUUCAUAAUUUGUUUCUUGAACUGUCAAACAUUUUCUCAGAAGACAGCAAUCAGCAGAGUAGUAGAGAACUUCUUAUGAAGGAAGGAACUGCAAAGUGGGCGCAGCCGGAAAGUUCACCAACAAAGAAAUUGCCGAAUAUGAAGAAACGAAAGUCACGCUUCAUGGACCUGGGAAUUAUCCAAGGAACGGUUCCCUACUUGGGCACAUUUCUAACCGACCUCAUGAUGUUAGAUGCAGCCCAUCAAGAUUUCACUGAGGAUGGCUUGAUUAAUUUUGAGAAAAGAAGAAAGGAGUUUGAAGUAAUCGCUCAAAUAAAGCUGCUUCAAGAAGCGGCGAAGAAUUACAUAAUUGUCCAGGAUGAGAAAUUUCGACGUUGGUUUGAUAACAUCAAGACAUUUACAGAAUCAGAGAGCUACCACUGGUCCUGUAAGGUUGAACGAGUGGAACUUAAAUAUACCAAAAAGAAGAAGGACACCAAAAUCAGACGAAUGCUCAGUGAACCAGACAUCAGCAAAUUGAGUUUGAUGACGCCAAUCUCAGCACAGAGUCUUUCUCCCCCUCCUGCUGAUAAACAAUGCAAAUCCAAUGAAAACUCUCCUGUUAUGGCCCGGCACAAAAGAAAUGUAAGUACAAUUGUGAACUCUGGCUCUUCAUCGUCCUCCACGUCCUCCGGUGUCUCAUCGGGAUCAGAGACGUCCACAGCGCCCAAAGCCCCUUCAUUCUCCCUUCCCCGGACCCAGUUUGGUGGCUUGCCAAUUGGCUGUAGGUCACCACGCCUACGCAAGGCUAGAACUGGUGUUUCGCGGAGGUCUUUACCAGAAAGACCCAGUCUUCUUCAGACGCUCCCUCCCGAGAGUCCCUCCAAUAGAUCUGCACAUGCUGGCUGUAUUAUUCGGGUCAGCAUCGACGGACUGGAAGAUACAAAAUCUGGUGCUGGCGUUAUCUACAGAGGCAUUUGGCUUUCGGAUGACGAGCGAACACCUGCUGUCAUUCGGUCGUGUUUGGAGAAACGAGAAAUGAAGGCAGAUCCAAGCGAGUAUUUCCUUGUUCAAGUUCUUGAUAAUGGAGUUUUUUUUGUUCAUACAAUAUUACUUAGUCUUGUUAUCGCAAUUCUUGAAGUCGAGGAAAGACUAAUUUUAGUCGUUAGAUUUUUUUUUCACUGAGGGACUUAAAGUGAAGCUUAAAACCUCACUCAGGAUUUCGGUCGCCAUAAGAACUUGGGUAGACAAAAUUUGACUUUUUCAGUAUUUUUAAAGUUGAAAGAUAAUUUGUUUUCCUGGUAGAGAGUACUUAAACUGAUGUUUGUGUUUUUAGCACAAUUAAAAUAAAAGUUAUUGACUGCUUGAACGCUCUGUAAAAUUCAGCCUUUCACUUUUCUAUUGCUUGAAAUUGUUUUCUUGGUAGAGAGUGCUUAAACUGAUGUUUUUGUUUUUAGCACAAACUGAAAUAAAAGUUAGUGAUGCCUUGAACUCUAUGUAAAAUUCAGCCUUUCAGUUUUCUAUUGCUUGAAAUUGUUUUCUUGGUAGAGAGUGCUUAAACUGAUGUUUUUGUUUUUAGCACAAACUGAAAUAAAAGUUAGUGAUGCCUUGAACUCUAUGUAAAAUUCAGCCUUUCAGUUUUCUAUUGCUUGAAAUUGUUUUCUUGGUAGAGAGUGCUUAAACUGAUGUUUUUGUUUUUAGCACAAACUGAAAUAAAAGUUAGUGAUGCCUUGAACUCUAUGUAAAAUUCAGCCUUUCAGUUUUCUAGUACUGAUUUUGCUGAUGUGAAUGAGGCAUUAUUAUUAAGGACCCUAAGCACUCAGGAUGGUAACGCCGAGGAAGACGUCGAUUGAAAAAUGAAUUUCUACUUGUCAUUAGAAUUUCGAAAAUGGCUGCAUGUGUUUACCGUCUCAUACGGCGCCACACCUCAACUUCAGCAUAACGUAUAAAAUUAGCGUUGAGUUCCGAAUGGAAAUUAAAAUAAUUUGCCGUCGCGGUUUCCGUUCGCAGACAAUGCAAAUUUUGGUGA